GAAACUCUGAAACCUAAGUGAAUCUUCUUCUCUCCCCAUCAUUCUUUGGAACCUUCAAACUAACCUUCCCUCACAUGCUCCUAUCUUCCUCUGUUCCACCAGCUCUCUCUGAGAUUCUCUUCCUUUUUAUAUAUUACUCUUAAGCUUCCAAAAUCCGGAUCUAUAUAUCCGCUUCAGGUUGUUCCAGAACCUCUAUGUUGGUUUUAAAAUAUAUCUGUCAAUGUUGUGUAUGUAAUGUAUCCGCAUAAGUAGGAUGAUUUUGUGAGGGGGAAUUAAAAAAGCAUAGCAGAGAGAGAGAGAGAGAGAGCAUGGGGUGUGCUACAUCUGCUUAUGCUGUUGUCGGAAGGAAGAACAAGAAGAGGAUCAUUCAAGAAUCCGUUGUGUUUGUUCUUCAGUUCCGCGUUCCUGUUCAGUCUGAUCUUCAGCGCCAACUCAAGGGCGUUGCUCCUAAGGCUACCGUCGAUCGAUUGACAUGUCUAAGGAAUCAAAUUCAGCUAGUUGCUGAGGACACAGGGGGUUCUGCCAUCCCUGAGCUGCGUUCAGCUUUGGAGGAGUACUUGUCUCUUCUAACCGGUCUUGUCAAGAAAAAGAAUGAUGGAAUGGAGGGCUGCGUGGAGUUCAAAUGGAAAACCCUUGGAGAUGGUCGACGAGCAGAGAUAUGUUUCACAAACCUUUGGAUGGAGAUGUUGACAGUGAUCCACAUGAUGGCUGCUUUGGCAUUAACUGAAGCUAACUCCCUCAUGAUUCCAAAGGAUUGCUCUGGUUCUGGCAAUGGCGUCCGUGUGGUCUCCACUGAUUGCAGGAGAGAUGCGGUUGACUUGCUUCUCAAGGCAUCUGGAUACUUGGAGUUCUGCGUCCGAGAGAUUCUUGCUCGCUUUCCUCCUGAAAUAAAGACUAAGUUGCCAGAUGAUAUGCAGGAGAGUGUAAUGCAAAGUCUAUCUAUCGAAGCACUUGGCCAGGGAACUGAGAUUCAACUUGGAUUAGCAGUUGAUAGCCAGAAAGCAACACUGUCUGUGAAGAGGAGACUUGCCUGUGAGCAAGUCAUCUAUUUCACUCAGGCAUAUCACUGCUUGUCUGAUUGUGAAUCAGUCAGCCAUGGAUGUGCCAAGAAGCUUCUCCGGUUUAUCUACUGGAAAUUUUUGGAAGCAAAGGCUGCGGCAUACUACUACCAUGGACUAGUAACAGACAAGGGAACUGAGCCAUCUUGCCACGUCAUUGCAGUGUGUUGUUUCCUUGCAGCUGCAGAGAUCCUAGGAGAAAGCAAGAAGGCCUGUUUUAGCUUCUCCUUGGCUCCUCCUGUCACCAGGCCUCCUCCUAUGUGGGGAGUUAUGAAGCAUUUGAGCCAGAAGAUUCCAGAAGUUGCUUUUAGGAAGUCUCAGACGUAUGGAUACUUGCUUGAAGAAGAAGAGAAGGCAAUGCAAUGUUUGCCAGAGCUUCCAAACUUUCAGUUGUCAUUGAGACCAGACGAGUUUGAGCUGCCUGAGAUGGAGGAUGUUUCUUCCGCAGGAAACCAAACCCAUUUGCUAAAAGAACAUCUUGACAACUCCUCUGAGAUUCAUGAUGAUGAUGAUGAUUAUGAUGAUGAUGAUGGUUAUGACCUUGAUCGUUGAGCAAGAAGCACUUAUCUCUACUACCGUCUACAUAUAUUCUUUUUUGGGUAUGUUACCACUUAUAUUUGUAUUUUAGAGUUACAUCUUUUACACUAGUUUCUUGUCAGGGAAAAAAAUCUGAUACUUGUUUUACUUUUGAGUAUAGUAAUGUAAUAUCUAAGCUACUAAUUAUUUACAAGGAAUAAGAAAAGGAUUCUGGUAAAGAAGACGUUUUAGCCUUUACCUUUGGAGAACAAAAUGUGUAAAGGCAAUAAGAAACAGCACGCAGUCUAAUUUGGAAAGAACAAGGAUAACCGUUUAUAACGUCACGUGAGCGAGUCACGUGUGGGUGAUGAUUGAUGAGAUGUUGGAUUCCGCACGUACCAACAUGGAG